AAAGUGGAGAGGGAGCCUAAGGGGAAGUUCAGUGUUCCAAUUCUGGAUGUGAAGAGUCGACACCUAGUCCUGGAGGCCAACCAAACGCUGACGAUCCACUGCAGGUGAGUCUCUCUGGAGUCAAAGGUUAGAGGUCAGAGGUGAUAGGUGGAGGGGGUGGGUGGGUGGGUUGUAGGUCAGUGAAAGCCCUUGGUGGCUGUUCAUAUAUAGUACUGACUGGGCCAUGGGUGGCUGCUCAUAUAUAUAGUACUGACUGGGCCCUGGAUGGCUGCUCAUAUAUAUAGUACUGACUGGGCCCUGGGUGGCUGCUCAUAUAUAGUACUGACUCUGGGCCCUGGGUGGCUGCUCAUACAUAGUACUGACUCUGGGCCCUGGGUGCCUGCUCAUACAUAUAGUACUGACUGGGCCCUGGGUGGCUGCUCAUACAUAUAGUACUGACUCUGGGCCCUGGGUGGCUGCUCAUACAUAUAGUACUGACUCUGGGCCCUGGGUGGCUGCUCAUACAUAUAGUACUGACUCUGGGCCCUGGGUGGCUGCUCAUACAGUACUGACUCUGGGCCCUGGGUGGCUGCUCAUACAUAUAGUACUGACUCUGGGCCCUGGGUGGCUGCUCAUACAUAUAGUACUGACUCUGGGCCCUGGGUGGCUGCUCAUAUAUACAGUGCCUUCGGAAAGUAUUCAGACCCCUUGACUUUUUCCACAUUUUGUUAUAUUGCAGCCUUAUUCUAAAAUGGAUUAAAUAAAUAAAAAUCCUCAGCAAUCUACACACAAUACCCCAUAAUGACAAAGCGAACAUUUUUGCACAUUUAUAAAACAUAGUAUUCAGACCCUUUGCUAUGAGACUCCAAAUUGAGCUCAGGUGCAUCCUGUUUCAAUUGAUCAUUCUUGAGAUGUUUCCACAACUUGAUUAGAGUCCACCUGUGGUAAAUUCAAUUGAUUGGACAUGAUUUGGAAAGGCACACACCUGUCUAUAUAAGGUCCCACAGUUGACAGUGCAUGUCAGAGCAAAAACCAAGCCAUGAGGUCAAAGGAAUUGUCCGUAGAGCUCCGAGACAGGAUUGUGUCGAGGCACAGAUCUGGGGAAGAGUACCAAAAAAUGAGUGCAUCAUUGAAGGUCCCCAAGAACACAGUGGCCUCCAUCAUUCUUAAAUGGAAGAUGUUUGGAACCACCAAGACUCUUCCUAGAGCUGGCCGCCCGACCAAACUGAGCAAUUGGGGGAGAAGGGCCUUGGUCAGGGAGGUGAUCAAGAACCCGAUGGUCACUCUUACAGAGCUCUAGAGUUCCUCUGUGGAGAUGGGAGAACCUUCCAGAAGGACAACCAUCCCUGCAGCACUCCACCAAUCAGGCCUUUACGGUAGAGUGGCCAGACGGAAGCCACUCCUCAGCAAAAGGCACAUGACAGCCCGCUUUGAGUUUGCCAAAAGGCACCCAAAGACCCUCAGACCAUGAGAAACAAGAUUCUCUGGUCUGAUGAAACCAAGAUUGAACUCUUUGGCCUGAAUUCAGCCGGAUGGUUUGUCUUUCCUUGCCCUUCCAGUAGUGUCUUGUCAUUGGCUUCAUAUCUAGUGAGAGUUACUGUAUAGUGUGUGUAGGGGAAGGGAUGAGCGAUGCCACAUAAAGCUGGCAAGUUGUGGGACAUUUUGAGAUAAAGGAAAGAUUGUCUGCCUAGACUUAUUCACUGAUCAGAUUAGCUUUUAUAUAGAUAUUUUUAUGGUCAGCUUUUCAGAAGUUGAGGUGCGAUGAGAGAGAUGGAAUGUUUACAACAAUUUACCUUUGACCAAUCAGGGGUCGGUGGGAGCUGUCGUGGGUGUUCCCUGGAGGUGUGGCCAGAGAUAAGGAGAGUGUGCAAUUGGAGGAUUCUCGCUGUGGGAGGCAGAGCCAGCAUUACUGCAGCCAACUGAUUCUUAGCUCCGCCCAGGCCCAGCACACAGGAUCGUUCCGGUGUCGGUACAGCCAUCGGACCCGCAGGCAGAGCGCUGUCUACGUCUAUAUCACAGGUAACAUUUAACAGCUACCAACUCACUCCGGGAUUCGCUCAUUACAGUGUCCUGUACUCCCAAGUCCCUGUCAGAGCCACUCUAUCACAAAUGCUAGAGCUCAGGAAAUGGAAAUAAGGUUUAGGAUAUGAAUCCUCUAUAUCUGUCUCCCUCUUUCUCACUGACUGAUUCUCUCUGUUAAACUCUCUCUGUCUCGCUUUCUCUCCCUCUCUCUCUCUUUCUCAAUCACACUUUCUCUCUCACCCUCUCUCUUUCUCUCUAACCCCCUCUCUCUCCCUCCUCCCCACUCUCUCCCUCUCUCUCUUCCUCAUUGAUGGAGUGGUCAAUCAGUCUCUCUCUCUUUUUCUUCCCCCUCUCUCUCUCUCUCUCCUCUCUCUCUCCUCUCUCUCUCUCUCUCUCUCUCUCUCUCUCUCUCUCUCUCUCUCUCUCUCUCUCUCUCUCUCUCUCUCCCCCUCUCUGAUGGAAUGGUCAGUCAAUGUCUUUCUCUCUCUCUCUCAUUGUUUAUAUGCUCAGGUUAAACAGGAUGUAGUGGCAGUGGGUGCUAAAUACAAACCAAUGCCAGAGAGACAAUUAUAUCUACACAUUGUUUGUACCAACAACACAUCCUUCAUAAUGACUCUGGCACAGUUUCUCCCCCCUAGCAUGUCUAUUUUCUCAGCCUCCCUCCCUCUCUCCCUCUCCCAGGUCUAUAUAUAAAAGCUUUUUACUUUCGUUUACGUGCUACCUUGGUAUUCAGGGCCAGGAAUAGCCCAGCUGCUGAAAGGCUCUGGUUUGGGCAGAGUUUCCCAGGGCACCAGGCUUAUCUGCUCCCCUCAGCCCUGCUCACAGCAUCCUGUGCUGGGGGACGGGAGGAGGGCCGCGGGGGGUUGGAGGUGGGAGGGGAGCUGGAGGUCUAUAGACAGGGGAGGUAGGUGGGGGGGUAAGAGGGGUGAAAGAGGAUGAAGGCCUGGCAGGAUUCAGGGGCAUCCAGGGGCAGAGGAGGCACCGUGACAGCCCUGUCUGCCCCACUCUGCCUUUCCCUGUUCUGAGUAGAAGCUGGCUGGGCAUGGAGCUGGGCUGGGGGCCAGAGGAGAUAGAGGCGCCAGAGGAGCCAGGGUCACAGGGUGGGGCUACUGUUUGGCCAAUAGGACCGCUGGGGCCCAUCAAUCGCUCCGGCCGCCAAGUCCAUUAGGCGUCCGACUCCAUCGCCCGCUCUUCACUCACCCUCCUUCCCCUCCUGCCCCGCUCUGUUCUCACCCUCCUGCCCCUCCUUCCCCUCGUGCCCCACUCUGCUCUCACCCUCCUCCAUCCUGCCCCACUCUGCUCUCACCCUCCUGCCCCUCCCCCUCCUUCCCCUCUGCCCUCUCACCCCUCCUUCCCCUCGUGCCCCCUCUGCUCUCACCCCUCUUCCCAUCCUCCCCGCUCUGUCUCACCUCUGCCCUCCAACCCUCCUCCCGUUCUGCUCUCACCCUUCCCCUUGCCCCUGCUCUCACCCUCUAUCCUCCCGCCCGCUCUGCUCUCUGCUCUCCCUCCUCCCUCCUCCCCUGCUCUGCCUCACCCUCUAUCUCCUCUCUAGCCCGCGACGCCCUGUACCCUUCCUCCCACUAGUCCUUGGCCGUACUCGUUAAAUCAAUAUGCUACCCUCGAUGCCACACUCGCUCUCACCCUUCAAUCCUGCCGCUUUCUCUCACCCUCCGCCCCCCACCCUUUCCAUGUCACCGUGGACUCUACCCUCCUAGCCUACAGGCUUUUAUUCCUCACACUGUGUCAUUUAUGUAAUCCGAGCCGUUCUGCUGUAUAGUGGUGUGGAUUGUGGUGUGCGAUUAUAUCGUUCAGCCCUGUGGUCCAGGCCACUAGUCCUUGGGGUACUUUUGUUAAAAUGUUCAGAGAUUAUGCUUUCCUUGAAUAACACAGUACAGUAGCUGACAAACAAUGAGGUGAGCUCCACCCGCCCACGCCUUUCAAUGUCACAGGGAUAUUAGACCUGGAAGGAUCACAGGCUGUUUGAUUACCUCUAAACAAUCUGUGUGUGUUUAUUGUUGAAUCCAGGAGACUAUUUGCUGAAUGGGUAUUAAGUAUGGGUGUGGAUGUGUGUGUGUGUGCGGGAGUGUAUGAAUGUUUAUUGUUGAUUGUUUUCUGCUGAAUCGGUAUACAAUAUGUGUCUGUGUGCUUGCAUGCUUACGUGUGUCUGUCACGUGUGUGUGUGUGUGUGUGUCGGUGCACACGUGUGUCUUUGUGGGUCCUUGUGUGUCCGUGCGCGUCCGUGUGUGUGUAUCUAUCCCUAACCUCAGUGCUGUGGUUUCAGACAGACAGCAGCCAUUUGUGGAGAAGCAAAAUGACAGUCCAGAUGUGGUGUAUAUGAAGGAGAGCCAGCCACUGGUGUUCCCCUGUAGGGUCACCAACCCUGACGCCACCGUCUCAUUGGUCAAGGUGAGUUCCCUUUACUAUUUCCAAUACUAGCGCUCCUGACUACAUCUGCAUUGCUUGCUGUUUGGGGUUUUAGGCUGGGUUUCUGUACAGCACUUUGUGACAUCUGCUGGUGUAAAAAGGGCUUUAUAAAUACAUUUGAUUGAUUGAUUGACAACACCUUAGAACAAAACACUUCUCUCUGUUUCUCCAUCAGCACUCCCAUCUUUACACAAGUCACAGUCAUGUUGUUUCUGCUAGUACAGAUCAUUCAACACAUUGUUCUUAUCUUGGCAACCAUUCCUGCCUUGGAGUGUGUGUGUCCGUUUGUUUGUGUCAGUCUGCGGAUAUGUGUGAAAGUGUGUGGAUGUGUUUGUGAGUGUUGGUGCCUGAGUGGUGAGUGAGUGUACGUAAGUGCAAUGAAGUGCAGUGUGUGCGUGCAUGUGUGUGUAUGUAUGUUUGUGGAAACGUCUCAGUGUGUCAGUGAUACCUAUUUUUUACUGCCAUGUUCCGAGUGAGCGGCGCCCGCGGUUUCCUCUGUUGUCCUGUUGGCACUGUUGUUACCCCCGGAGACAGGACGUGGGGUCUGGAGUGCCCCCUGCCUCCGCCAACCCUCCCCCACCCCCUCUACUCACACACCCCUCCUCUCCUGGGAUGCGUCUACUAGGUAACGUCUUCUGUGGCAGAGAUUGCACAGUUUGAUCCAUACAAUGCAAUAACAUCUAGGUGAGGGGAAUGGGCUACUGGCAGUUUAUCAAGUGAAUGAAGGAAUUGUCUUUCCUUAAGAGGUUUCGAUGGAAUUUCCAAGGAGAGUUUCAGGAAACGGAAAAAGAACAAAAUGAACCCCUGGCUCUCCCUUCAGGAUGUGACGCGGACCCCGAAAUGGAGCGCUGCAUAACUCACACUUCACUUCUGUUGGCUCUCUGUGUUUACGCCCUGCUCCCAUCUCCACACUUCUGUUGGCUCUCUGUGUUUACGCCCUGGUCCCAUCUCCACACUUCUGUUGGCUCUCUGUGUUUACGCCCUGCUCCCAUCUCCACAUUUUUGUUGGCUCUCUGUGUUUACGCCCUGCUCCCAUCUCCACACUACUGUUGGCUCUCUGUGUUUACGCCCUGCUCCCAUCUCCACACUUCUGUUGGCUCUCUGUGUUUACGCCCUGCUCCCAUCUCCACACUUCUGUUGGCUCUCUGUGUUUACGCCCUGCUCCCAUCUCCACACUUCUGUUGGCUCUCUGUGUUUACGCCCUGCUCCCAUCUCCACACUUCUGUUGGCUCUCUGUGUUUACGCCCUGCUCCCAUCUCCCACUUGUGUCUCUGUUACGCCCUCCUCAUCCCACAACUGUUGGCUCUCUGUUUACCCCUGCUCCACUUCCCAUACUGUUGGCUCUCUGGUUUACGCCUGCUCCCUCUCCACACUUCUGUGGCUCUUGUGUUUAGCCCUGGCACAUCUCCACACUCUGUGGUCCUGUUUUACGCCCUGCUCCCAUCUCCACACUCGUUGGCUCUCUGUGUUUACGCCUGCUCCCCUCCACACUUCUGUUGGCUCUCUGUGUUUACGCCUGCUCCCAUCUCCACACUUCUGUUGGCUCUCUGUGUUUACGCCCUGCUCCCAUCUCCACACUUCUGUUGGCUCUCUGUGUUUACGCCCUGCUCCCAUCUCCACACUUCUGUUGGCUCUCUGUGUUUACGCCCUGCUCCCAUCUCCACACUUCUGUUGGCUCUCUGUGUUUACGCCCUGCUCCCAUCUCCACACAAACGCCCAUCCUAGAGCCACAAAGGUAAUUAUUCUAAAAAUACCCCUGUUCUCUCACUCCAUCCGCUCCUGCCUGGCCCAGCAUUCAGAACCUGGACUCCACUCCACACACACUGUCACACACUCUGGAGUGUUUUUUUCCUGGAAGGAUUUUGCACUCUGCCUGGAUCUUUAAUUUGUCGUCCCACCUCUCAGCAGGGAUCAAUACCCAGGGGGCCAUUCUCUCUCGCUGCAGCCGUGAAAGUGACCCGGUGGGGCGAGGAGGGGAGGUGAGCGGAAGGGGGUGGUGUAGCAUGACCUAGGGGUCCAGUCUAGUUCAGUCCAGUCUCUAUCCUGUAGUUACAGGAUGUGAGCAGAUGGACUGGAAUCAUGUUUCCCACGUCCUGACUUCUCUCUCAUCCUCCAACCCCCCUCCAACCCCCUUACACCCCCCUCCACCCCCCUCCAACCCCCCUCCAUCCCCACCAUCCUCUGAAUCCUCAGCUCCCAGCAUUCAGCUACCAGGGGGUGGGAUGGAGGGGGGCACCAAGGGCAUUCACAGGGUCCUAACGAGACAGAGGAGACAGAGAGGCAUUUACUAUAGUGUACUGUAAGGACACUAUAGAAAGGAGGCGUCUUAAGGUGGUUAACAUUGGGGGUGAGGGGGGGCUAUCAGCCAGUUAACACUGGGGGUGAUGGGGGCUAUCAGCCAGUUAACACUGGGGGUGAGGGGGCUAUCAGCCAGUUAACACUGGGGGUGAGGGAGGCUAUCAGCCAGUUAACACUGGGGGUGAGGGGGGCUAUCAGCCAGUUAACACUGGGGGUGAGGGGGCUAUCAGCCAGUUAACACUGGGGGUGAGGGUGGCUAUCAGCCAGUUAACACUGAGGGUGAGGGGGGCGAGGGGGGGGGGUCCACAUGUUCCCCUGAGAGUGGGCGGGACGCUUCCACCGUGUCACUGAAACUCUAAUAAACAUUUCCUUGAGUCUGCCUCCUCCAAGAAAACAACAAUUUUACACAAGACUUUGUCUCCAAAGUAACACAAGACUCUCUAUAGUAACACAAGACUCUGUCUCUACAGUAACACAAGACUCUCUAUAGUAACACAAGACUCUGUCUCUACAGUAACACAAGACUCUGUCUCCAAAGUAACACAAGACUCUGUCUCUACAGUAACACAAGACUCUGUCUCUACAGUAACACAAGACUCUGUCUCUACAGUAACACAAGACUCUGCCUCUACAGUAACACAAGACUCUGCCUCUACAGUAACACAAGACUCUGUCUCUACAGUAACACAAGACUCUGUCUCUACAGUAACACAAUACUCUGUCUCUACAGUAACACAAUACUCUGUCUCUACAGUAACACAAGACUCUGUCUCUACAGUAACACAAGUGUCUACAGUAACACAAGACUCUCUCUACAGUAACACAAUACUCUGUCUCUACGGUAACAAGUCUCUGUCUCUACAGUAACACAAGACUCUGUCUCUACAGUAACACAAGACUCUGUCUCUACAGUAACACAAGACUCUGUCUCUACAGUAACACAAGACUCUGUCUUUACAGUAACACAAUACUCUGUCUCUACAGUAACACAAGACUCUGCCUCUACAGUAACACAAGACUCUGUCUCUACAGUAACACAAGACUCUGCCUCUACAGUAACACAAGACUCUGUCUCUACAGUAACACAAGACUCUGCCUCUACAGUAACACAAGACUCUGCCUCUACAGUAACACAAUACUCUGCCUCUACAGUAACACAAUACUCUGCCUCUACAGUAACACAAGACUUUGUCUCUACAGUAACACAAGACUCUGUCUCUACAGUAACACAAUACUCUGUCUCUACAGUAACAGAAUACUCUUUCUCUACAGUAACACAAUACUCUGUCUCUACAGUAACAGAAUACUCUUUCUCUACAGUAACACAAUACUCUGUCUCUACAGUAACAUAAGUGUCUACAGUAACACAAGACUCUCUCUACAGUAACACAAGACUCUGUCUCUACGGUAACAAGUCUCUGUCUCUACAGUAACACAAGACUCUGUCUCUACAGUAACGCAAGACUGUCUCUACAGUAACACAAGACUGUCUCUAUGGUAACAAGUCUCUGUCUCUACAGUAACACAAGACUCUGUCUUUACAGUAAGAAGACUCUCUCUCUACAGUAACACAAUACUCACAUUGACAGAUUUUUCACCUAGUUGUUUUGUGAUAUUGCAGUAAUAAUAUGCAUCAUGCGUAUUGCCAAUGUGGCCUCAUUUGAGUCAUUAAUAGCCCCCAUGUUGUUCUGUGUGGUUGUGGUGUUCAUGAUUUGCUCAGUAGUUGUGAAUGUGUGCAGUGUUGCUUUUGUGUGACUGUAGUAUGGUUGUGUUGAGUUCAGGAUGUGGUCGUGGUUCUGAAUAGCUCAUGACAUGGCUGGGUUGAGUUCAUGAUUGGUUGGUGGUUGAGUUCACAAAAUGGUUGUGGUUGUGUUGAGUUUAUGGUGUGGCUGUGGUUGUUGACCGGGUUUUCUCAUCCCUAACCGGAAGUUGACAAUAUCCCAGAACCAGACAUUUCAUUUUGUGUGACAUUGCUUUUAUGAGACUGUUUUUACGGUUGUGGUUGUGGUCAUGACCGUGUGUGUUCAUGCCUCCAGUUCCCUGACCGUGAGUUGACCCCAGACCAGAGGAACAUAGUGUGGAACAGCAGACAGGGCUUCCUCAUCCGCAGUCCCACCUACUUCUACAUCGGCCUGUUCUCCUGCAAGACCACUGUCAACGGGACCACACACUCCCUCAGUUACCUCACACACAGACAAGGUGAGCACACACACACACACAUGCACACACAUACACACAGACUCAUUCUUACACGCACAUGCACUUGCACGUGCACAUGCACACACACACACACUCACACACACACACACACAGUCUUGCGCAGCUAACCUUGUGGGGACAUACAAUUCAGUCCCAUUCAAAAUCCUAUUUUCCCUAACGCCUAAACCUAACCCUAACCCAUACCCUUACCCUAACCCUAACCUUAAUCCUAACCCUAACCCUAACCCUAACCCAAAAACCUAACCUUAACCCUAACCCUAAACCUAACCCUAGCUCCUAACAGUAACCAUAAAACUAACCCUAUCUCCUAACCCUAAACCUAAUUCUAACCCCCUAGAAAUAGCAUUUGACCUUUUGGAGACCAACAAAAUGUCCCCAGUUGGUCAAAUGUAUCUUGGUUUAAACAUGUCCACACACACACACACACACACACACACACAGACACACACUUACCUGACACACACAUAGACCAGGUGAGCACUACCAAGGCCAAGCACCUCAAUUCUAUAUAUUGCAGGUAAUAAACGAGUGCUCUCCCCCCCCCCCCCCCCCCCCCCCCCCCCCCCACCACCACCUACCCCCCACCCUCCUCUCCAGUGAAUAAGAUCAUGGAUGUGUAUCUGAACAGUACCAGUCCAGUCCAGGCUUUACAGGGGGAGAGUCUGGCCAUCAACUGUACUGUCACUGCAGAGUGGAACAGCAGAGUGUCCAUCAGCUGGGACUACCCCGGGCAGGUGAGAAACAUAUGAAGUACACUAGAAUUAUGAAGUACACUACAAUGAAGUGCACUACGUUAUGUAGUACUGUAUGUAGAAGAACUUUAAAGUAUACAGUGAGGGAAAUAAGUAUUUGAUCCCCUGCUGAUUUUGUACGUUUGCCCACUGACAAAGACAUGAUCAGUCUAUCAUUUUAAUGGUAGGUUUAUUUGAACAGUGAGAGACAGAAUAACAACAAAAAAAUCCAGAAAAACGCAUGUCAAAAAUGUUAUAAAUUGAUUUGCAGUUUAAUGAGGGAAAUAAGUAUUUGACCCCUCUGCAAAACAUUACUUAGUACUUGGUGGCAAAACCCUUGUUGGCAAUCACAGAGGUCAGACGUUUCUUGUAGUUGGCCACCAGGUUUGCACACAUCUCAGGAGGGAUUUUGUCCUACUCCUCUUUGCAGAUCUUCUCCAAGUCAUUAAGGUUUCGAGGCUGACGUUUGGCAACUCGAACCUUCAGCUCCCUCCACAGAUUUUCUAUGGGAUUAAGGUCUGGAGACUGGCUAGGCCACUCCAGGACCUUAAUGUGCUUCUUCUUGAGCCACUCCUUUGUUGCCUUGGCCGUGUGUUUUGGGUCAUUGUCAUGCUGGAAUACCCAUCCACGACCCAUUUUCAAUGCCCUGGCUGAGGGAAGGAGGUUCUCACCCAAGAUUUGACGGUACAUGGCCCCGUCCAUCGUCCCUUUGAUGCGGUGAAGUUGUCCUUUCCCCUUAGCAGAAAAACACCCCCAAAGCAUAAUGUUUCCACCUCCAUGUUUGACGGUGGGGAUGGUGUUCUUGGGGUCAUAGGCAGCAUUCCUCCUCCUCCAAACAUGGCGAGUUGAGUUGAUGCCAAAGAGCUCGAUUUUGGUCUCAUCUGACCACAACACUUUCACCCAGUUCUCCUCUGAAUCAUUCAGAUGUUCAUUGGCAAACUUCAGAUGGCCCUGUAUAUGUGCUUUCUUGAGCAGGGGGACCUUGCGGGCGAUGCAGGAUUUCAGUCCUUCACGCGUAAUGUGUUACCAAUUGUUUUCUUGGUGACUAUGGUCCCAGCUGCCUUGAGAUCAUUGACAAGAUCCUCCCGUGUAGUUCUGGGCUGAUUCCUCACCGUUCUCAUGAACAUUGCAACUCCACGAGGUGAGAUCUUGCAUGGCCGAGGGAGAUUCACAGUUAUUUUGUGUUUCUUCCAUUUGCGAAUAAUCGCACCAACUGUUGUCACCUUCUCACCAAGCUGCUUGGCGAUGGUCUUGUAGCCCAUUCCAGCCUUGUGUAGGUCUACAAUCUUGUCCCUGACAUCCUUGGAGAGUUCUUUGGUCUUGGCCAUGGUGGAGAGUUUGGAAUCUGAUUGAGUGAUUGCUUCUGUGGACAGGUGUCUUUUAUACAGGUAACAAGCUGAGAUUAGGAGCACUCCCUUUAAGAGUGUGCUCCUAAUCUCAGCUUGUUACCUGUAUAAAAGACACCUGGGAGCCAGAAAUCAUUCUGAUUGAGAGGGGGUCAAAUACUUAUUUCCCUCAUUCAAAUUCAAAUCAAUUUAUAAUAUUUUUGACAUGCGUUUUUCUGGAUUUUUUGGUUGUUAUUCUGUCUCUCACUGUUCAAAUAAACCUACCAUUAAAAUGAUAGACUGAUCAUUUCUUUGUCAGUGGGCAAACGUACAAAAUCAGAAGGGGAUCAAAUACUUUUUUUCCCUCACUGUAUAUAUAUAUUACUUAGUAUAUAACAACUUCAACAUCUGCCUACCUGUUUGGAAGACUUUUACUAUUUCAGAAUAAUAUCUCUCCCUUUCUCUCCGUCUCUCCUACUCCCUCUCUCUCUCCCCUCAGGCAAACAGGGCAGCCAUAAUUAGUAGGCGGAUCAUGGCCAGUAAAACUCACAUGGUAUUCUACAGUAUUCUGUCCAUCCCUCAACUCCACCGCUCUGACAGAGGGCUCUAUAUCUGCCGAGUGACCAGUGGACCGGUCAGCCGAGAGACUAACGUAUCUGUCACAGUCUACGGUGAGUCAAAAUAGACUUAAUACUUCCCACCUCCGACUACACCCACAUCUGUGACAAAUUCAUUAAUGAGCAAAUUCAUUGAUGGUAAACACCGCUUUCUACCAUGAGAAGAUUAACCACAACCACCGUCUGUGUCACUCUCUGUAAUAUGUCAAUAAUGCAUGAUAUUCUCUGUGUGUGUAUGUGUGUGUGUAUGCGUUUGUGUGUGUUCGUGCCUUUCUGUCUGUCUGUCUGUCUGCCUUUCUGUUUCUGUGUCUGUGUAUCGUCCCAGACCGUCCGUUUAUCCGUCUGACGCCCAGACAGGGGGCUGUAGUGGAGGCUCAUGCAGGACAGAAGUCCUACCGACUCUCGCCCAAACUACGGGCCUUCCCUGCCCCAGUGAUCAUCUGGUAAGAACAUACAGACUGUCAGCUAGCCUGCACACUAUCUUACAUCAGCCUACACUAUCUGAGAGACAAAUACAGCUACUGUAUAUGACAUUGUAUAAUUCUUAAUUUUAUCGUUCUUUAAGUUAAUUGAGGAAUUCCCUGCAUGUUUUUCUGUGUUAGGUUGAAGGAUGGGAAGGUAGCAGCAGAGCAGUGUUCCCGUUACCAUGUGGAUGAGAAUUCCCUAGUGAUCCGGGAUGUGGCGGAGGAGGAUGCAGGGAAGUACACUAUCCUGGUGGGAAUCCAGGAGCACGGACUCUACCAGAACCUAACGCUCUCUCUGGUGGUCAACGGUGAGGACCAAGUCUUCCCUCCUCUCUUUACCCUCCAUCGCUUUCUCUCUUUUUCAUCUUUAUACACCCUCUCUUUUGCUCUGUGCCCACUUUGUGUCUUCCCCCCAUUAUCCUGUUCCACAUUGUCCCCUCUCUCUUCAAAAUGGCACGUCAACGGAACUGUACUGUUCAGAUAGGCUACUAUUCCAUUUAACCCAUCUGAAAUGUGGACACUGACUGAAGGUCUAUAACCUCUCAUAUAGCCUAAUAUAAUAUGAACUUCUUCAGAAUUAAGCAUUUCUGUUGACUCGGGAAACAGGAGUGGAUAAACAUGAUUUCUUUCUUUCAGCAUCUUGAGAAAAUGAAUUCGCGGUUAGGGACCGUCUGUAAAGGUGGCGGUGCUAUCUUUAUCAGCAUCAUCAAAGCAAAUUGUAUUUCAACCACAUAAAAUAUGCAUCCAAGCCAAACUGAAAUCUUAUCAAAAAUAUGUUGGGUCGUUUUAACAGUUUUUAAUUUCCUUAAAACCGUUUUUUUUGUGUGCAUUUUAUCCCCGGUCCCUAAACAUCUUUGCUGCAUGAGAUAGAAAACAAAUAGAAAACAAACUUUACUGAUGUCCACUAGAUUGAAGCAUUCAUUCUAUUGAUUUAUUAUGACAUUAUUCUUGUGAGCAAUGGUUUAUUUAGUAUUCUAGGCUCUAGAGUUUAAGAACCCCUGUUCUAGGGCAACAAUUAAUGACAGAGAAGCUGCAUAUUUCGGAAUUUAAUAAGCUGAAACAUAGGCCUAUCUAAAAAAGGUUUGUCAAAAGUUCGUUCCUCCAUCUCUGACUGUGGCCUACAGCGCAAUUUUUAUAUUUGCGGGUUAGGGUCGGGUGUGGGCCUCAGAUUUCCACUUUAUCAUAUACACUGAGUAUACAAAACAUUAUGAAUGUCACUUGUUAAAUCCACUUCAAUCAGUGUAGAUGAAGGGGAGGGGACAGGUUAAAGAAUGAUUUUUAAUGGAUUGUAUUGUGUAUGUGUGUCAUUCAGAUGGUGAAUGGACAAGACAAAAUAUUUAAGUGCCUUUGAACGGGGUAUGGUAGUAGGUGCCAGUCGCCACUGUUUGUGUCAAAAACUGCAAUGCUGCUGGGCUUUUCAAGCUCAAUAGUUUCCCGUGUGUAUCAAGAAUGGUCCACCAGCCAAAGGACAUCCAGCCAACUUGACACAACUGCGGGAAGCACUGGAGUCAACAUGGGCCAGCAUCCCUGUGGAACGCUUUCGACACCUUGCAGAGUCCAGGCCCUGACGAAUUGAGCUUGUUCUGAGGGAAAAGGGGGGGGGGGGUUGCAACUCAAUAUUAGGAAGGUGUUCUUAAUGUUUUCUACACUCAGUGUAUAGUCGGCUGGUUGCGGAUGGGUUAUUAGCAAUUGCGGGUGGGUGAACAAACAACAGACCCAUGCACCACUAGUCUGUGUCUCUGUCUGUUUUCCUCCAGUGAGUCCUGGGAUAGAGGAGAAGGCAGUGUCAUUGCAGGACCCAGGUAGUGUCCCGCGGGGCAGCAGACAAGCCCUGCACUGCACCUCCCACGGAGUCCCCCCUCCUCACAUCGCCUGGCUCUGGCACCCCUGCACCCCCAAAGGCCUGUAAGUACACCUGGUGCUCACAUUGUCACAUGCCUUAGCACAGACACACAUACACGUCUUCCAAAAGGUGUGUAAGUACUCCUUUACUCAAACACACAUACAGUUCUGACACCCUUACCAAUACAUAUUCAAUUAACAUACUUGCAUACAGCAUACUGUGUAUCUAUAAUCAUGUAUACACGCACACCUUCGCUAUGCCCACAUAGUCUCCCAAUACCGUGCACAGAACAAACCAUGUCAACGUUUAAGUAAUGUUCUUAAAACCUGGUAGGCAUUACGUAAGUCAUGUAUUUUAGUCAUAUUGUUCCUAACUUAGAACUGGGACAGAAAGGUGUCUGUGACUAUAAGAUGAGGGCCUGUUUUAGGGUGUGAAUGGGAGAAUGUGUGUGAGUUUGUUUGUGAAGGGAGACAUGUUUGGUCUAUUUCAGCAUGUGUUCAGACAGGGUUUCCUCUUUGCAACCAGAACAGAUGCCUUUUGAAGCCUUUCAUGUCUGUGAGUGUGUGUGUGUGUGUGUGUGUGUGUUUCGUCAUGUCUUUGACUGAGUCUUUUACAAUAUGUUUCUGUCACUGUCUAUAUGUUAGCGUGUGUCCAUGUCCGUGUGUGUGUGUUGUCUGUCCGUCCGUGUGUGUGUGUGCCUGGUACAUUCACAGACAGUACAGUGUAACUCAGACUUAAAGAGCAGAAUAGUAAAAGCCUUUAAAUAGAGGCCUGUUCUGUGUUCUCAGUCACUUCAAUAGAGGCCUGUUCUGUGUUCUCAGUCACAUCAAUAGAGGCCUGUUCUGUGUUCUCAGUCACUUCAAUAGAGGCCUGUUCUGUGUUCUCAGUCACAUCAAUAGAGGCCUGUUCUGUGUUCUCAGUCACAUCAAUAGAGGCCUGUUCUGUGUUCUCAGUCACUUCAAUAGAGGCCUGUUCUGUGUUCUCAGUUACUUCAAUAGAGGCCUGUUCUGUGUUCUCGGUUACUUCAAUAGAGGCCUGUUUUGUGUUCUCAGUCACUUCAAUAGAGGCCUGUUCUGUGUUCUCAGUCACUUCAAUAGAAGCCUGUUCUGUGUUCUCAGUCAAGAUUAGUUGGUUUCUAAAUCAAACGCUAUGAUUUAAUGAACUUCCUGUCCAAAACGCAGGGUGAGAUGUUUAUUAUUGUGAUUGCACACUGCAUUCUUUGAUGCCUUUUCUAAUAUGACACACACACACACACACACACACUCAAACCGCUCUCAUGAAACACACACUCAUACACUGACACACACAUUUUUUGAAAGGUCUUGUGAGAAACGGCCCUGCCCAACAAUCAGCUAUGAUAUUCCAACACACACACACACACUGAUCUUACGAUACACACAUUUUCAAGUUCUCAUGAGAAGUGGCCCUGCCCAACAAUCAACUGUCAUUGACACACACACACACACACACACACACAUACACACUUGGCAAAAACAUGACUUGGGUUGGUCUUGGAGGUCAGACACUAUUGUGUUGGUUGUGUUCAGGUCAAAGAGGUUAACCGUUACCUGAACAUCAUGGCUUCCAGACCAAGCUACCGCCCAUGUUAUAUUCCCCUACUGAGACACGCUGUGACAUCAUAGGUGCACUGUGUACUUGACCUUUCACACCAGCCUACACACACACACUACACACACUACGCCUACUUCCAAUGCUUGUGGAAAGUCUUUAUCACCACAUCUCCACAUUAAAUUGCCAUAACAACAUCACAUAACUUCACUGAACCAAUGAGCAGUGACUCCUGCUCCUGCCUCAACAUGGAUGGCUUUACCUGGUAAAACUCUGGUAGAAAUGACAUUUUCAAUUAUUAUGAAUUGGCAAGCCAGCCAGGAGAAAGUGUAACACCUCACAGUCCAGAAAGGUCUAACAAGAAGAUGCCUUCCGUGCACAGAGGAGCUGUGACAAGUCAUGAAUUAUAGCCUAUGUUGAGUCUUACAUGCCUAUUGAUAGUCCCCGUUGGCCACUCUCACUACCUGCAAAGAGUGAUCCAUUUAAGUAGCUUUCAUUACAAAUGAGGUAUUCAGACAGGUACAAGUGAUUUGGGGUUCAGACUUGUGUUAUGAGAUUUAUUUGAAUGUGAUUUCUUUGUUGUUUGUUUACACUGUAAAGCACUGAGAGCUCUAGCAUUCUGUUCUGGUUCUAGAGUUCUAGAGUAAUGAUUUGGAAUGUGAAUAGAUGAUGAUUCGUCCUGACCAGGCCCUUGUUAUUUGUAGCUCUGGCGGAACACGGGCCUGACGCCGCGCCGGAGGAGGCCCAGGGACAGUGGGCCAGGCUGGGCCAGGCUGAUAGGGACCUGGGUCCUCAGGGCAGGGUGUGGGUCUAGAGCCUGUGUCUGGCCCUGGAUCCUUAGAUGUGGGUCUGGGGCCUGGAUCCACCCUUGAGGUCCUAGGUCUGGGUCCUUGGUGCUGGAUGUGUCCCUGGGUCCAGUCGUGGAUCCUUGGUCCUGUCCUGGGCCCUGGGAACCGCAGCGCUCUUAUCUGGCCUGGGCAGGAGGCUCGCCGGGUUUCCUGUGCGAAAAUCAGAGCGCUUUUCCUCUCCUUGUUUGGCUUCCUCCCCGACGCGAGACGCUUCCCAGCAGCGUGAUUGUCCCUCCGUCUUCAAACGUGGCAGAAUCCUGCUUCCUCAAGGGCUUGAUCUAUUCUUGAGACCCCCCCCCCCCCCCUCCUCAUUCCCCCCUCCCCUGGUCUUCCCUCCCUCGCCAGCUCUGCCCCUCAUCCCCAACCCCAACCCUUCAAUCCACUUCAUUAGAAGAAUCCCCAACACCACCAUCACCAUCCCACACCUCCACCACACUCAGCAAGGCUGUUUCCAAGGCAGCCGGCGCCUUCAAUGACAGACAGUACAGCCACCCUGCGACCCCACAUUGGUGCUUUCUGGGAUCUCGGGGUCGGAGGGCAGAGGGGGGGGGGGGGGCAGGACAGUGACCUGGUACACUGUUGAACAGUGAGGAAGAUAGAGGAGAAGGAUGAGGAAGAAGAGGAGUGAGAGGUCACACCACACUGAGGACAAUGAUCUGAUCUGCUUUUAAUGGUUAUUAUUAUAUUUAUUUAUUUCCCCUUACCCAGGUUGUAUUUUACAACCCUUUUCUGGUUAGUUUUGUUUUUUUACAUUGUUACUUUUCUCAGACAUUUUGAGGCAGAAAGAAGUGCCCUUCCAUCCAUCCACUACGCCACGUUUUUCUGGAGCUGCUUCUGCUUCUUGUGUUCCUAGAGUGGUACUAUAAUGGGUACAUGAGCCUGUCCCCAGCCCUGAGCCCUGCCAUCCUGUUGUAGUUCUGACAUCCACAAAAGCUGUGAGUUCUGACUGUAAAUCAUAUACGUUAUAAGUAAGUAGCUACACAUCUCAGAUGGGCGAGCAGGAGAGAGAGAGAAAGAGAGAGAGGGAGGAGGUAUGCUAUGGGAUGCCCUACAGUUCUCUAUUAUUGUAAGAUACUCUGGGACUGCUCAUCAAACACCUACCAUGUAGGAGUUCCCCAGGACCCAGAGACAAUGACAGUCAUAUGUCAUCUUAUGUCAUGUUAUGUCAUUUGUAAGGCGUUUCACUGUAUAUCAACCAUUUGUCAUCCAGAGUGAAUUUAUGUAUUAUACUAAAAUGUAUUGUGUGGAAAAUAGUUUGUCUUUGUGUGUGAUAUAUAUGAAGACUUUAUUUCCAAAAUGCUAUAUAUCAAUUUUCAGAAAUGUUGGUAAAUUAGCUUUUAUUGUUUAAAGAACUUAUGGUGUGUUUUUCACUAUCUAAUCAUGGCAUGGGGUUGUUCAAUGAGAGACAUGUAUUUGUUUAAAAUCUAUCACUUGAUGGGUUUUUUUUUGUUGUUGUUGCAAAACACUAUAUAUCCGCCUCACUCUCAGAGAAACAAGUAGUCCUGCUAGGUGUUACACAGUCAAAUGUAACAAAUAACUACAUUUUGAAUAAAGAACUGUUCAAAUGAUACAUUUAUGACAUCAAUAUUGAAAAACAUUUGUAUAAAUAUAAUUAAAUACAGUAAUAUGAGAUCUGUAUGUAAAACCUUUGACAUUUUAGUCAUUUAGCAGAUGCUCUUAUCCAGAGCGACUCACAGUUAGUGCAUUCAUCUUAAGAUAGCUAGGUGGGACAACCACAUAUCACAGGCAACUAUAGAGGAUACGGACAUUCCAUUCCAGCUAAACAAUGGAUAUAUAGCGUUUUGCAAAAAAAAUAAAAAAUCACAUCUAAAAUCUGAAAACAGUAAUAUUUUACACACACAGGUACCCAUAAGCAAUCAUUUCUGAUGAAAAAGCACAAAUGUGAAAAAUUGGUGGAUAUAGUGUUUUGUAAAUAAACUCUUCAUGUGCACAGGAAGCUGUUUUUAUGGUUUGUUUGAGUGUCAUAGUUGUGCAUGUAGAGUUCCAAAAGGGUUCUUUGGCUGUCCCAUAGGAUAACCCUUUUUGGUUCCAUGUAGAACCCUUUUUUGUUCCAUGUAGAACCCUUUUGGGUUUAAUGUAAAAAAAACUCUUUGGAAAGGGUUCUACAUGGAACCCAAAAGGGUCUACCUGGAACCAAAAGGGUACUACCUGAAACGAAAGGGGUUCUUCAAAGGGUUCUCCUAUAGGGACAGCCAAAGAACCCUUUUAGGUUCCAUAUCUUUCUAAGAAUGUAGUGUAUGUUUGUAUGUGUGAAUAUGUGUUUACGUGUGUGUGAUGGUGCAUGUGUGCGUGCGUGUGCGUGUGUGCGUGCGUGAGAGCGUGAGAGCGUGAGAGCGUGAGAGCGAGAGAGUGAGAGAGUGAGUGAGUGCGAGCGAAACUUCCACACUGAGGUGAAUCAUUCUACGGGUCUCUCCCUUUGUGAUUCAUUCCAUGUAUACAGAUUUUCUAUGAGUAAUAUAUGAAUCUAAUAUUUAAUAAUUUUAUAUGACUAACUUACUUAUGAUAAUUGCCAAAAAUGGCCAAAUUUGUAUGAAAACUAUUAAUAUGUAUUGUUUUAAAUGUUAUAUUAAAUGUAUGUUUUUUACAUUAAAUGUUGCUUUAUAUUGUGUGUUGCUUCCUACUUUUCGACUUUUCAUGGAUUUUAGCUAGUAACUUAUUUAGCAGUUUCUCUAAAUGAAAUACUGAGACAACAUCAUAGACAGGCCAACAGUCAGUCAUCUCACCCUGGGCAGGCACACUGUGUGAAUGUAUGUGUGUGUGUGUGUGUGUGUGUGUGUGUGUGUGUUCGUGCGUGCGUGCUUGCAUGGGUGCGUGCAAGCGUGUGUGCACGUAUGUGCAUGUGUUUCCUGGGAGGCGUGGGAGAGUCGCCUGGCUGAUGGUGUGUGUGUGUGUGUAAGUGUGAGUGUGUGUCAGGGCCCUUGGUGUCAUGCACAGGGUGGGUAGCCCCUACAGGACACGGGCACUCGCUAUCUCUACCAAGAGGAAGAGCAAUCAGAAAGAGAGAGGGCUGAGAGGAGGAUGGGAGAGAUGAGAGGAGCCAACCAGGGAGGGACAAGGGAUAGCCUGAGAACAGAGAGAGAGAGAGAGAGAGAGGGAGAGAGAGAAGAGGGGUUGGCACUGGCCAUGGGAUAGAAUCAGUUUGUGAUCAUUUGAGAUUCUGAAAGGUGUUGAAAUAUAAAAAAUACAAUAUCCCAAAUGAUCUACUUCAAGGCGGCACAAUGUAAUUCAAAAGCAGGCAGAGAGAUAUACUGUAUAUAUAUAUUUUUAGAUGGAUGUAGAAAGGUAACGGUGUAGCCAGGAGUUUUUCAUGACCUGGGAAACCCCCAGUGGUAAUCCUCUUGGAAUGUUUAAGAAUAGGAUGGACAAUUAAUGAAUGGUGGGAUGAUUUUAAGAAUGGAGGGAAAUGAGUUGACAGUACCACCUCCAUCCUACAGUACAGAGAUGAACGAUGUCGGCUGAGAUUACAUGCUGCUACAGACAUGGACACCAUUGACAAGACUCCAUCGGGAAAGCAGUUGAGCAGUGAACAAGGGAUGAUGAUGACGAUGAUGAUGGUAGUAAUGAUGAUGUCAUAAUAAGGAUGAUGAUGACGACGAUGGCCAUGAUAAAGAUGAAGAUAGCGAUCACAAUAGUGAUGAUGAGUUCCGGUCUUCCUCCUGUGGUGCACAGCUGUGGAACACACACAUACUCACACACACACCUGCCGUCUGGCUAGCCGUGACUUCACUGUGUCAACACAGCUGAGCUGAGACCUGUCCAUCUCUUCCUCCUCCAAGGUGCGUGCGUCCUCCAUCCUCCUCACUGUGGAGCCCCCAGCACGUCCACACACAACCACAUCAUACACACAGACAGGAAGUGCUCCAGGGGAAGAAUAAGGUGAGCGCACCACCGGUGGAGCGGGCAGGCUGAGACACAGAGGGAGGGACAGUGAUGGAUUAUAAACACAUUCCCCUGAGAAACACGUAUCACACUGACACAGCCAUGAUGGAUUAGACACGCACACAAACAGAUACAUGGUACCAUCAUAUAUCAAUAACCAUUUAAAUUAGGGUUGCAAAAUUCCAGUAACUUUCCAAUCAUUCCCCGGUUUUUCAGAAAUCUCCACGUGAAGAUUACUGGAAUUCUGAAAGAAUAGGCAGAAAAUCACGGAGUCCUCCAACCGGGAAUUCUGGAACACCGGGGAAUUUUGGAAAAUUUACAGAAGUUUUGCAAUCCUACAUUUAAUCAAACACUUACACACACACACUACAGCUAACAUAUACACAAAGAUGCUAGAACUCAUUAAUCUUUCUCUCACACACACAAACACACUACAGCUUGUGAGAAUUAGUCGGCAAGUGGGUAACCCGCCUCUACCAUCCAUUCUAUUGGCCAACAUGCAAUCACUGGAGAAUAAACUGGAUGAGCUCCGUUCGAGACUAUCCUACCAACGGGACAUUAAAAACGGUAAUAUCUUAUGUUUCACCGAUUCGUGGCUGAACGACGACAUGGAUAAUAUACAGUUGGCUGGGUUUUCCGUGCAUCGGCAAGACAGAACAGCUACCUCCGGUAAGACAAGGGCUGGUGGUGUGUGUAUUUGUCAAUAACAACUGGUGCGCAAUGUCUAAUAUCAAGGAAGUCUCGAGGUAUUGCUUGCCUGAGGUAGAGUACCUCAUGAUAAGCUGUAGACCACACUACCUACCAAGAGAAUUUUCAUCUAUAUUUUUCGUAGCUGUCUAUUUACCACCACAAACUGAUGCUGGCACUAAGACUGCACUCAACGAGCUGUAUAAGGCCAUAAGCAAACAUGAAAAUGCUCAUCCAGAAGCGGCGCUCCUAGUGGCCACGGACUUUUAUGCAGGCAAACUUGCGGAUAAAAUCAGUUUUAUCUAAUUUCUUCCAGCAUGUCACAUGUGCAACCAGAGGGAAAAAAAACUCUAGACCACCUUUACUCCACACACAGAGAUGCGUUGAAAUUUGGCAAAUCUGACCCUUGUUCCUGCUUACAAGCAAAAACUAAAGCAGGAAGUACCAGUGACUUGCUCAAUACAGAAGUGGUAAGAUGAUGCGGAUGCUACGCUACAGGACUGUUUUGCUAGCCCAGACUGGAAUAUGUUCCGGGAUUCAUCUAAUGGCAUUGAGGAGUAUACCACCUCAGGCACCGGCUUCAUCAAUAAGUGCAUCGACAACGUCAUCCCAACAGUGACUGUAUGUACAUAUCCCAACCAGAAGCCAUGGAUUACAGGCAACAUCCACACCAAGCUAAAGGCUAGAGCUGCCGCUUUCAAGGAGCGGUACACUAAUCCGGACGCUUAUAAGAAAUCCCACUAUGCCCUCUGAUGCAUCAUCAAACAGGCAAAGCGUCAAUACAGGACUAAGAUUGAAUCCUACUACACCGACUCUGACACUCAUUGGAUGUGGCAGGGCUUGCAAACUAUUGUGGACUACAAAGGGAAACCCAGCCGGGAGCUGCUCAGUGACGUGAGCCUACCAGACGGGCUAAAUGCCUUUUAUGGUCGCUUCGAGGCAAGCAACACUGAAGCAUGCAUGAGAACACCAGCUGUUCCGGACAAAUGUGUGAUCACACUCUCCGUAGCCGGUGUGAGCAAGACCUUAAAACAGGUCAACAUUCCCACCUGGACAAAAGGAACACCUAGGUGAGAAUGCUGUUAAUUGACUAUAGCUCAGCAUUCAACACCAUAGUGCCCACAAAGCUCAUCACUAAGCUAAGGACCCUGUGACUAAACACCUCCCUCUGCAACUGAAUCCUGGACUUCCUGACGGGCCACCCCCAGGUGGUAAGAGUAGGCAACAACACAUCCCCUCAGGGGUGCGUGCUUAGUCCCCUCCUGUACUCCCUGUUCACCCAUGACUGCGUGGCCAAGCACCACUCCAACACCAUCAUUAAGUUUGCUGACAACACAACGGUGGUAGGCCUGAUCACUGACAACGAUGAGACAGCCUAUAGGGAGGAGGUCAGAGACCUGACAGUGUGGUGCCAGGACAACAACCUCUCCCUCAACGUGAGCAAGACAAAGGAGCUGAUCGUGAACUACAGGAAAAGGAGGCGCGAAAAAUAGCCCCCAUUCACAUUGACGGGGCUAUAGUGGAGCGGGUCGAGAGCUUCAAGUUCCUUGGUGUCCACAUCACCAACAAACUAUCAUGGUCCAAACACACCAAGACAAGAUGUUCUUCUUUGUUUUUAUGUUUUAUUAUCUCGCUGUCAUACUGUGGUCAACCGGGUUCGAUCUUGCCUAGCCAUCUUGUUUCAAGAGGACCACAAUGGAAAUAAGUCCCAGACUUUAUUAUGUGUUAUCCUUCAUGAUUUUACUCAUGUGCAUGUAUGGCUUUUUCAAGUUUUAUGUGUGAUUGUAUGGCAUGGGUCCCCAGAUCCUCAAAACGUUCUACAGCUGCACCAUCGAGAGUAUCCUGAUCAGUUGCAUCACCGCCUGGUAUGGCAACUGCUCGGCAGCCGACCGUAAGGCGCUACAGAGGGUAGCCAAGCAUCACUGGGGCCAAGCUUCCUGCUUUCCAGGACCUCUAUACUAGGCAGUGUCAGAGGAAGGCCCAAAGAAUUGUCAAAGACUCCAGUCACCCAGGUCAUAGACUGUUCUCUCUGCUACCGCACGGCAAGCGGUACCGGAGCGCCAAGUCUAGGUCCAAAAGGCUCCUUAACAGCUUCUACCCCAAGCCAUUAGACUGCUGAACAAUUAAUCAAAUGGCCACCCGGACUAUUUGCGUUGACCCUACCCCCCUUUCUUUUUACACUGCUGCUACUCACUGUUUAUUAUCUACGCAUAGUCACUUUACCCCUACCUACAUGUACAUAUUACAUCAAUUACCUUGACUAACCCGUACCCCUGCACAUUAACUCGGUACCGGUACCCCUUGUACAUAGCAUCGUUAUUGUUAUUUUAUUGUGUUACUUUACGUUUAUUUAGUAAAUAUUUUCUUAACUCUAUUUUCUUACCUGCAUUGUUGGUUAAGGGCUUGUAAGUAAGCAUUUCACGGUAAGGUCUACACCUGUUGUAUUCGGCGCAUGUGAGAAAUACAAUUGGAUUUGAUUUGAUUUGAUAUCAUAUACACAAUGAUGCUACAACUCAUUAAUAUUUCCAUCACACACACACGUACACACACUUAGUUAAUAUUUCUAUCACACACACACGUACACACACUUAGUUAAUAUUUCUAUCACACACACACGUACACACACUUAGUUAAUAUUUCUAUCACACACACACGUACACACACUUAGUUAAUUGAGUGUGUAGUGUGUUUAGCUGCCGUGUGGUCUGGAGGUGGGCAGUAGUGCUGGCUCCAAGACCUUUAUUGUCUCAGUGGGAUGCUGGAAAAUGUUACUAUGCUAUCGGUGGCAGCAGCGGUAGAGAGAGUGUGUGUGUCAGUGUGGUGUGUGUGUGUGUGUGUGUGUGUGUGUGUGUGUGUGUGUGUGUAUUUUCCACAGACUGUGGGGAUUUUGAUGGUUGCUGAGGCAUUUGUGUCCGGAGUGUAUCACUGGAUUGCCUCUAACUCUGUGGGCAAGGAUGAACUGGACAUGCCCUUUUAUAUUACAGGUACAGUACAACGACAUCGCACCAACAUACUGGUCACUACACAGUGACAAUCAAAACUACGUCCUACGUUAUGACUUGUAGUAUAGUACUACCAGUAUGUACACUGUUGCAUACGUUGGUGUGUUUGUGUGUCAUGAUGUAAAAGCUAUCAAUGUCUAUCUAUGAAAGAUAUCAUAUCAAUCAUUACUGCCUCUCCCCAUCUCUCCCCCCUCUCUCCCCCUCUCUCUCUCUCCCCCCCCCCUCUCUCUCUCCCCCUCCUUUCUCUCUCUCCCCCGCUCUCUCUCUCCCCCUCUCUCUCUCUCCCCCUCUCUCUCUCUCCCCUGCUCUCUCUCUCCCCCUCUCUCUCUCCCCCUCUCUCUCCCCCUCUCUCUCUCUCUCUCUCUCCCUCUCUCUCUCUCUCUCUCUCCUCGCUCUCUCUCUCCCCUCUCUCUCCCUCCCUCUCUCUCCCCCCUCUCUCUCCCUCUCUCUCUCUCUCUCUCCUCCCCCCCUCUCUCUCCUCUCUCUCUCUCUCUCCCCUCUCUCUCUCCUCCCCCCUCUCUCUCCCUCUCUCUCUCUCCCCUCCUCUCGUCUCCUCCCCCUCUCUCUCUCUCUCCUCUCUCUCAUCUCUCCGUCCCUUCUCUCCCUCUCUCUCUCUCUCUCUCCUCAUCUCCCAGUCUCUCUCUCUCCCUCUCUCCAUCGCUCUCCCCCUCUCUCUCUCCUCCCCCCCUCUCUCUCCUCUCUCUCUCCCCUCCCAUCGCUCUCUCUCCCCCUCUCUCUCUCCUCUCUCUCCCCCCUCUCUCACUCCUCUCUCUCUCUCUCGCCCCCUCUCUCCUCUCUCUCUCCCCCCCUCUCUCAUCUCCCUCCUCUCUCUCCACUCUCCUUCGCCCGUCUCUCUCUCUCCCCCUCUCUCUCUCUCCUCUCUCUCGUCUCCCCUUUCCCCCUCCUCUCUCUCUCCCUCUCUCUCGCUCCCUCUCCUCCCCCCCUCUCUCUCUCCUCUCCCUUCUCGUUCUCCCUCUCUCUCUCUCUCUCGCCCCUCUCUCUCUCCCCCCUCUCCCCCCCUCUCUCUCUCUCCCCCCGUCUCAUCUCUCUCUCCUCUCGUCUCUCUAUCUCUUCUCUCCUCUGCUCUCUCUCGUCUCUCUCUCUCCGUCUCCUCUUCUCUCAUCAUCUCUCUCCCUCCUCUCUCUCUCUCCUAUCUCUCGUCUCUCGUUGCGUCCGUCUCUCUCUCUCCUCCUCUCUCUUCGCUCUCUCUCUCUUUUUGUCUCCUGGUCCUUUAUUUUUCUCCCUUUCUCUUUCUCUCUUCUUGUCCUUUGUCUCUCUCAAUUCCUCCCCCUCUCUCACUGUGAUGUUAGAGAGUGUGUGUGCGUGCGUGCGUGUCGGUGUUGGUGUGUGUGUGUGUGUGUGUGUGCAUGAGUGUAUGUUGUCCGCUGUGUAUUUGUAUGUGUGUGUUCGCCCCUGUGUGUGUUGUCCGCUGUGUGUAUGUGUGCGUUUGAGUGAAACAGGAACCUGAGGCUCUUAUCGAGUCACUUCCCUGUGCGGGGUGCACUUCCCUGAGCCGCCAGGCCCUCUUUAUUUCGGGAGGCCUGGGGGUGUUGGGGAAAGAUAAACACUAUCUGCCAUCAGGAAACCCUAGAGCCGUUUCCACGGGAAGUUUCAAAUAGCUAAAGUAAAUAAAAGGCCUUUUCACUGUAUUCCUCAAGCUACUUUUACAAUAGCUAUUCAACAUUGUCAUCAAAGGUUAAGAAAAUGGUGGCUUGGUCAACACUUGAAAGUAGGACUCAAAUUCAUUGGAGGUCUAGUGAGAUGGGCAGGAAUGUUUGUUGUGGUGUUACAAGGGUUUUCAGAGUUGUGUGAUAUGGAGGCGUAGACCAGAGUGGCUUGAAUAGGAACUGAAUCUCUGCAGCCCUCCCGCCCUCCCUCCCUCCCUCUCACCCUCCUCACCUCCCUGUCGCCCCCCUCCUUUCUUUCUGACCUCCCUCUCUCAGACAUCCCAGGAGGCUUCAGUGUGUCAGGAGGAGGAGCCAAGUGAGGGAGGAGACCUACACCUCACUUGCAUAGCCAAUAAGCACCUGUACACCAAGUUGUCAUGGCAACUGGUGACUGACACAGCAGAGGCCACACCCCCGAACCCCUCCCUGGGUGGUGAACUGUCUUCAGGAGAGUUCUCUGACACUCUGUGUCUGUUGCUUAGCAACCUGACGGCGGGGGAUUCUGGAACCUACUACUGCUUCGCCCAUCACCUGCUGAAGGGACAGAACACACACCUGGACACACAGGUGGACAUUACAGGUAAGCCCUCUAACCUCUGACCUCUCACACAUGAUCACUCUGAUCAUCACCAUCAUCAUCAUCAUCAUUAUCAUCAUUACUAUAACACAUUCACACAUCCAUUGGCAAACAGGGUCAUAGACACACAUAAAAUAUCAUUUCAACUCAGCAGAAAAUAAAUCUACAUUGCCUAUAUGGCCCUUUCCAUUGUAUGGAGAUACACCAUUCACCACCUGGUAUAUACAUAAACCCUCACGUUUCGCACACAAGGACACACACACACACACACACAGUGUCAGAUCAGUGCUUGGGAACUGGGUCCUGUAGUUUCCUGGGGCCCCUCCCUGCCUCAGUCUUUCUUUCACGUGGGAAUGCUCCCUCGUCAGGAGGAAGAGGACACAAUGGCACUUCCCACAAUGCCACAUUUACAGGCCCCUUCACAGGGCCAGAGGAACAAUCAGCCAAUCAGACACUGUCAGACCACAAACUCACAGACAAUCAUCAAUUGUUGUCCAGGAGGAAGAUAUGGGAAACAACAGUCACUCCUGUGUUACUUAAGUCCCUUUUAUUCAUGUCUUUUACUGCUGCUGCUGCUCACAAUCAAACCUCAACACAUACACUUCCUCUGAAAGAACCCAUGUGCUUUUUACUAGAGAGAGACGGAGAGAGAGAGAAGGAGAGAAGGAGAGAAUACGAAGGAUAGAGAGAGAGAGAGGGAAAGAGAGAGAGAGAUACUACUCUAAUAUAGAUAGAUAGAGAGACUCGAGAGAGUCGAGAGCAUAGACGAGCAGAGAUAGAGAACUAGAGCUCUCGAGAAAUCUCUCUCUCGCUCUCUCCUCUCUCUCUCUCUCCUCUCUCUCUCUCUCUCUUCUCUCUCACUCUCGUCCUCUCCUCUCUCUCGCUCCUCGCUCUCUCCUCUCUCUCUCUCUCUCGCUCGCUUGUUUGUUCCCUCUCCUCCCCUUGCCGUCUUUUGUAUUCUAGUUUGUGUAAUGUUACAAUUUGUGCCAUUAUGACUAAUGGUCAAUGGUCUAUUAACAGCCCUGAUGAUGAAUGAUACAUUGUUUUGGUCAGUGGGAAAAUAGGUAUUUUAAGGUUACUACUACAAACCCAAGAGGGACCCACAUCAGCUGAUGUGAAGUUGAACUUAAGGCCACACACACAUACACACAUGCACAUAGACCACACACAUACACACAUACACACAUACACACAUAGACACAUAGACACAUAGACACAUAGACACAUAGACACAUAGACACAUAGACACAUACACACAUACACACAUAGACACAUUCACACAAAGACACAUACACACAUAGACACAUCCAGAAAUGUGUCACUAACACACACACAGCGUGGCAGGGGUCCAGGGGUCCAGGGGUCCAGGGGUCCAGGGUCCAGGGGUCCAGGGGGUCCAGGGGUCCAGGGGUCCAGGAGUCCAGGGGUCCAGGGGUCCAGGGUCCAGGGGUCCAGGGUCCAGGGGUCCAGGGGUCCAGGGGGUCCAGGGUCCAGGGGUCCAGGGGGUCCAGGGUCCAGGAGUCCAGGGGUCCAGGAGUACCAGGGGUCCAGGGGUCCAGGGUCCCAGGGGUCCAUGGUUCCAGGAGUCCAGGGGUCCAGUGUCCAGGGGUCCAGGGUCCAGGAGUCCAGGGGUCCAGGGUCCAGGGUCCAGGGGUCCAGGGGUCCAGGGGUCCAGGGGUCCAGGGUCCAGGGGUCCAGGGGUCCAGGGUCCAGGGGUCCAGGGGUCCAGGGGUCCAGGGGUCCAGGGGUCCAGGGUCCAGGGGUCCAGGGGUCCAGGGUCCAGGGGUCCAGGUCCAGGGGUCCAGGGGUCCAGGGUCCAGGGGUCCAGUAGUCCAGGGGUCCAGGGGUCCAGGGUCCAGGGUCCAGGAGGCCAGGUCCAGGGCCGGGGUCCAGGGUCCACCAGGGUCCAGGGGUCCAGGUUCCAGGAUCCAGGGGUCAGGGGUUCCAGGGGUCCUUAAGGGUCCAUGGGUCCAGGGUCAGGAGUCCAGGGGUCCAGGGUCCCUCCAGGGCCAGACGGAUGUCAAAUAUCCCUCCUUUGGAUUUGCAGAGAUAGAGAAGGAAAAAACAACACUGAUUCUAUUCACAGGACUACUGUAUGACUUCUGAAUGUGAUGCAAUGACGACCUCUGUUCUCAUGGACCUUGGCCAUUUGGUUAUUAAGAACACACACAUCUCCUCACACACACACAAACACACACACAACUCCACACACAAACACACACACACACACAACUCCUCACACAAACACACCCACACACACAACUCCUCACACACACUCAUUGUGUGUGUUCCCCCACAGUACUGAAGACUCCAGUGCUGUUACAGAAUCUGUCAGCAGCUCAGUGACACUCAGCUGCCCCGCCCACGGCGUGCCACACCCCCUCAUCACAUGGUACAAGGACCAACACCCUCUGCUGCAUGGCUCAGGUAAGAUACACAGUGCUCUUAUAUUCCCCUUUCCAUUAUUCAGUGAAAGUUGAGUUUCUUCAUCUGUCUGAAUGAAAAGGAGAUGGAAUUCUCUUCAGACUACUGAGAUGGACCUCUGAAGUUAGUGUUGUAAAAUGACAUGUGACAGGUUCUGUUUCUCAUGAGCAGGUAUCGUCAUAGCACCAGGAGGUGGGACCCUCCACAUUGACCGAAUCACAGUGGAGGAACAGGGUCUGUACACCUGCCAGUCUACCAAUGAGAGAGGACUCUGCUGUGGGCUCCGCCUACAUCUGGGUUCACAGUAAGGAUCCGCUUACCAAUAGUAACUCUGGAAUACAUUCAACUCUCUCUCUUCUCUCUUUCUAUAACCAUCCAAGAUGGGUUCUUCUAUAUAUGGGCAUUUUUAUGUCUGUGGACACAUUGUUGUGAUAGCUACCAUUAGAUUAUUAAAUGUAUACAUAUUACAGUAAUCUAAUUAUUAUAUAUUAUAACAACGGUGAAGAGUAAAUCUUCAGCUAACAGGGUGAGAUACAGUAUGAAGACAACACUGCAUACUGUUUACUUGGUCUUAGUCUUGAUAGAUUUUCCCAGAACACAUUUUGGAGGUUUAUAUCACAGUUCAGUUCCUCCUUUAGAUGCCUUGGGUACAUGACCCAAGCCCUUUCCAGUAGAGGCUAGUCCACAAUGUCAUCACCCCCGUUUGGAGGGCCCUUCCCUGGGCAGUAGCAGCAGAUGCUCCCUAGCCUGACCAUGGAGAGGAGUGGCUGAGUGUUGUUGUGUUCUGAUAAGUCAGGAAGGAAGCUGUCUCCCUUUUUGAUUUCCUUUCGGAAGCGCCCCACUCUGCUGCCCCGUAAACUGGGGCUAUUUUCUACUAUCUUCCAAAAAAACACCAAGAUGAAUUAGGAGGAGGGCUGUUUGUGUUUGAGCCUGUUGGGUCGUUUCCACCCUGAUCAGAGGCUGGGACAGACAGAGAGGGAGUGGCACAGUGAGAGGAUAGCACCCUCAUUUGGGAGGGUGGAGAACUGCAGAGCAUAGGUGAAAUAAAUGUCAGAUCAUUGAUUUUACUUGAAGCAAGGGAGGAGGGAAUUAUGCUUUUCAAAAGUAUCCCAAGAGAGCCUUGUUAAUCUCUAGGGUUCUUUUUCUAUAGUUCUAAAAAUGGGUAAAUCCUUCCAUUAAUUUCAAUCAUGCCCUCUUCUCUCUUUCUCUCUCUCUCUCUCUCUCUCUCUCUCUCUCUCUCUCUCUUCUCUCUCUCUCUCUCUCUCUCUCUCUCUCUCUCUACUCAUCAGAGGGCCUGUCUCUGGAGAUAUCUACUCUCACCUGUACCUGUCUGCUGCUCACUCUCUUCAUACAUAAACUCAAACAGGUGAGACACAAAUGGAGUAGACUAGAGUGUAUAAAAUUGCUUAACUAUCUGUCUUAUUUUUGAAAGUACCAUAUAAAUCAAUUUCUCUCUGGCAAGGCAGAGUACCUGUCAAUCAUCCUGGACCAGGAGGAGGGGCCUCUGGAGGAGCAGUGUGAUAGACUACAGUAUGACCCCGGCCAAUGGGAGUUCCCCAGAGACCGCCUCAAACUGGGUAUACCUUUACACCAUUGGUUACCGACCUGGUACACUGUGUAGUGAUUGGUUACAGACUUUCUAGGAACUCCCUGUGUAUAAGCUUAGGAAAGAGGAGAUUAUUAAGAUUGAAGAUAGAUAAGAUCACUUUCUCAUAACAAUCUUAUCUGCAUCAGAGAUGACUAAGAGGGCCCCCUGUAAUCAGCGUUAUCUGUGUUGUGUGGGUGGGAGCUGUGUUUACUGUAACUAAUCAGGUCUGGCUUGGGUGUGAUCUGAGUUUGACUCAUCGGGCUUAUUGGAUAUACAGAAAAUUUCGUUUUAAUAAAGUCUUGUUGAAUUUCAACUGAACUUUAUAACAUCUAGGUGGUUUCCACCUAAAGCCUUUUGAGCUUUCUCAUGACCCUAAAGAUUUAACAAAACUCUGACUCUGCCAGACUGCCACUGCCCGGUGUUAAACCACGACACACCUUUGGGUUCCAACCCACCAUUUGAGAAACAAAUAGCUAAGGAGAUUGUGUUUUGAUUCUGUCUCUGUGGCCUUCCAGAGAAACCUCUGGGCCGUGAGGCCUUUGGAAAGGUCAUGCAGGUGUCCGCCUUUGGCAUCGACAACUCUACAGGCUGCAGGACUGUGGCUGUCAAGAUGCUCAACGGUACAUGCUUCCUUAUGUUCAUUAUACCUCAGUCAUGAUAUCUAACAACAAAUGAUGACCAUUCAGAAUAGAGUAGAGUAAUACAGAAUAGAACUGAAUAGAAUAUAACAUGACUGUACUUUCCUACCGUAAUGACUGAGGCAUGUGGUGUAUUUAUAAUAUGCUGUCCUGUUUGCUGUCCACCAGAGGGGGCUACUCCCAGUGAGCACAAGGCUCUGAUGACAGAACUGACAAUCCUGAACCACAUCAGUCACCACCUGAAUGUGGUCAACCUGCUGGGAGCCUGCAUCAAGGCAGGGCCUCUGAUGGUCAUAGUGGAGUGCUGUAGGCAUGGAAACCUCCCCACCUACCUGAAGAGCAAGAGAGACAUGUUCCUGCUCAACAGUGUGAGUUCAGACAGACAGGCAGGCAGACAAGCAGGCAGUCAGGCAGGUAGGCAGACAGACAGAUACUCGGUGGGAAAUGUCCAUAGGGGGAGUAGCAGGGGGGAGGGGACAGGGGGAUUAGGUAGUUGACUAGUGGUGGCAAUUCAGCAGCCUGAUGGUCUAGGGGCAGAAGCUAUUGGCUAGUCUUACAGUUUUUGCCAUGUUGCUCCUAUACUGCCCACGUCUGAGUGAUGGAAACGGGGAGAACAGGCCAUGGUUCGGGUGGCUGGGGUCCCUGAUGAUCUUCUUGAUCUUCGAGGAGGUAAUGUUGUCUACCUUCACCACCUGGGGGCGGCCCGUCAGGAAGUCCAGAACUCAGUUGCACAGGGAGGAGUUUUGUCCCAGGGCCGUGAGCUUUGGGUAAAGCAGUGUUUCCCAUAGGAUUUUUUUCAGCAGUGGUGGAAAGGGUAACGGAGGGGUGCAUUGCUACUAGGGUUAGCGCAAUGCUAGCUGUUCGCAUAGACUUCCAGCCAUUGAACCAACGACUAUCCAUUUAAAAGGGCAUCUCGGAAUUGUUGCAACGGUGGCAACAAUUUUGCAUGAAUAUAGGGGAAACACUUGGGAAGGUCUCCAUUGAUAAGACAUCCUGUCUACACUGAGUAUACCCCCCCCCCCCCCCCCCCCUUUGCCCUCAGAACAGCCUCAAUUCAUCGGGGCAUGGACUCUUCAAGGUGUCAAAUGCGUUCCACAGGGAUGCUGGCCCAUGUUGACUCCAAUGCUUCCCAAAGUUGUGUCAAAUUGGCUGGAUAGCCUUUGGGUGGUGGACCAUUCUUGAUACACACGGGAAACUGUUGAGCGUGAAAAACCAGCAGCGUUGCAGUUCUUGACACAAACCGGUGCGCCUGGCACCUACUACCAUACCCGGUUCAAAGGCACUUAAAUAGUUUGUCUUGCCCAUUCAUCCUCUGAAUGGCACUCAUACACAAUCCAUGUUUCAGUUGUCUCAAGGCUUAAAAAUCCUUCUUUAACCUGUCUCCUCCCCUUCAACUACACUGAUUGAAGUGGAUUUAACAAGUGACAUCAAUAAGGGAUCAUAGCUUUCACCUGGAUUCACUUGGUCAGUCUAUGUCAUGGAAAGAGCAGGUGUUCUUAAUGUUUUGUCUACUCAGUGUAUAUUUUUAUGCUGUGAAGUGCAUCAGUGUCACACUAACAGACCUAUCUCACAUCCACCUCUUAUUUCCUCUUAUGGAUCUACUAAAUUAAACCUCAAGCACGCAAACACAUAGACUCACUUCUGCACUCAAUUUAUGUUCUGUGGUAUUAUCUGUAAUAAGAGCAAGAGCGACUGUUGUUCUGAGUAUCUAGUCCUGUAUGAUUCAUGUAAACACUCAGUGUGUUUGUAGAAUCAGUUCAGUUCCAUACCUGUACACACUGAACUCUAGCUUACACCACUAAACUAUGCUAGAUUUACAUUUGGUUGAGUUGUCAACUGACGUGAAUUCAACCUGAAAUCAACUAAAAAUGUCACCAUAUCAUUGGAUUUAGGUUAAAUACGAAAUGCCUUUAUGUUGCUGACUUUUUGCAAAUCCAAUCAGUUUUCCACGUUGAUUCAACGUCAUCCCAUAGAUUUUGGGGGUUGAAAUGAGGUGGAAACAACGUUGAUUCAACCAGUGGGAUAACACACUGCAUUAGAACUUUAAGUCAACUAUCACUCUAUAUUGACCAUUAGUACUACCAAAACACUAAUCCCAACUUUCACUCUCUCGCUCUCUCUCACUCCAGGUGUCUCCAAGUCUCCUCUGCUCCUGGAGGAUCUCAUCUCCUACAGGUUCCAGGUGGCUCGAGGCAUGGAGUUCCUCUACUCA